AACACUUUUCUUCGUCAAUGUUCGUUUUUAGCGAAUGGUCCAAGCCAGCCAUAUGUGAUGAAUGUGGCUGUGUGACAAGUCAUGACAAUUUCACAUAAAAUAAACAAAUUUAAUCGAUGGAAAACUCAUUUUUUGGAUUUGAUACCUCUAUGCCGUUGGACGAUGAUGGCGGAGGAAGAAUUGCUGAACCAUCUGAGGAAGAGUAUGAUGCAUUAAAUGACGAGACAUUCGGCUCCGCAAUCAAUGGAGACUGGGAGGAGGUGCAUGAAAACCUGGUGCGUUUGGAUGGGGAAUUGGAUGGUGAUACCUUGGACAGUACUGGGAAUGUGGCAAGUGGUGGAGGUGGUUACGGCACCUCCAUGAAUACUUUGCGAAAUUCCCGCCAACAACGACGUUCGGAUUCGGAUUUAGAAUUGAAUUUGACCGGCAUGAAGUUGGAUGAUGUGGACAUCAGCUAUGGUGAAAAUGAAAAUAUGAGCACGCUUCUGGGAGAUCCCAUGAAAAUGGAUCCCAGUGUGUGGUCAUUACAGCCUUCAAGGGUUCACCACAAUGCCAAUGAUGAUGGCAUUUUAAGAAUGACGCCCAACGCGGCUGCUUUUUUAACAGAACAUUUUCCAAGUCCAUUUCACAAGGCACCACAACAGCCGCCACAUCCGCAACACCAACACGCGCACUUUCAAAUGAUGGCACAGCAAGCAUCUCAUCGCCAAACGCCUGUAAACAUGCCUCCCCUUGGACUACCUAAUCUUCCGCCUAUGCACCCUCAAGGGGGCCCGCCUAAAAUAUGUACUUUGGAAGAUAUUGAAAGAAAUUUGAUAAUGCAACAAGCAGCUGCGAAACAAGAACAAGCGCAACAGCAGCAGCAGCAACAACAACAGACUUCACAGCAACAGGAUCGCAAUGCACAGGCAAUGGAUACAUCAGCUCAGCAACACCGCUUACUUAACGAUACUUUGAAGCAUACACCUAGCACUUCAACGCCAAUGCAGCAACAACAACAGCAGCAACAAGCUCAGCAAAAUCAACAGAAUCAACAACAUCAAUUGUUAGAACAACAACAACAGCUAAAUCAAAAAUUGCAACAAAAAGCUGGAUCAUCAUCCUUUCCCAACUCAGCUCAGCAUCAGUCACCACCUAGACCAUCAAGCAAUUUUGCAAAUAAUUUAGCUCAACAUCCUUUAGGCAGUUUAUUACAACAACAGCAGCAGCAACAGCAACAACAACAGCACCCACAACCAGCAACUUUAAACUCGGCAGGAAAUCGAAUAAAUCCAGGAUUCUUUUUCCCUCAUGGACCACAUCCACAAUUGCCACCGCAUCCAUUACUCAACCAACAUGGAUUGCCAAAUAAUUUUACCAAUCAACGUCCACUGCCGAAUCCGCACCUACCAGUUGCGCUCAACAACUUUGCAAUGCAUCCCAAUUUUAAUGCAAUGCGUGCGGCCGCAGUUGCCGCUGGCAUACACCCGGCAACACUUUUGGCUCAACAACAACAAGCAGUUGCAGCAGCGGCUAUUGCAAAUCGUAUACCCGGACAUCCACCAAACCCCAUGAUGUUGUUGAACAAUCAAAGUUCAUCGAAUUCCUCUUUCAAUAUGUUCAACAUGCGUUUGGUUCAAGAAAUCCAACAGAAUCAUCCGUUGUUACAAAACUCUGCCCGACAGUCACAACAAAUGCUCCAAAAUGCUACUGGUCCAAAUAAUCUUCUGAACCUACAACAACACCAGUUGCACCAGCAUAAGAGAGCCGGUUCUGUACCCAUAAUGAACCUCAAUCAAAAACUAAAUCACAAUAUGCGCCGUGAUGGAACUGGUAAUGGCAAUUUGCCUCACGAAGACUACGACGAGUAUGCCAAUUUGAUGAGCACCCGCGACAAGCAUUGGCUUAUUGGCAUACAGCUGUCACAGUUGAAUACGGACACACCAUACAUUGACGACUACUAUUACACUGUUUAUAAAGAACGCAAGACGGUUCAAAAUGGUAGCUUGCGCCACAGUCAAGCCCACAAAGACAACCAAUUGAAUCAUCCCUUGACGCAGCCCAAAGGACAUGCCCAACUUAUUCUGGUGCAACUGGGCAAUAAGAAUGGUAAUCGCAAUGGCCAGCAACGAGAACGUCGUAAUUCGGAUAAUCACAAUAACAACCAAGACAUGAAAGUGCCAAUGUAUGUUUACACCCCAUUGAAAUUUGAAAAUUCUCUUGGCAAAUUACAAUACGGUAGCGUCACGGCUCCACGCAAGAUAAUAGAUGCCGAAAUUAUGAGCAAUGAAUCCCCUAACACCCAUGGAAAUGGUACAGACAAUGCAGCUCAUAAUACCAGCACUGGGUCUUCAGUUGUAACAACUGCUGCUAACAAUGGAUCGGCAACAGCUGCUGGAGGUAAACGUUCUGAAACUCCUGGGGUUUCACAAUUGCCCAAUUCAACUGGCAGCGGCGAUCUCAAUUCUUCCAAUACUCAACGAAAGUCACGUUAUAUUUUGCUACACAUUGAGACCCUAUAUCGUGUCCUUUUAAAAUUGGAUGACUUAAAUAAUCCCAAAGCCAUUGAAACAAUUCUGAUGAAAAAGAAGAAGGAAAGUGAACGCAUUGCUGCUAUGGAGCAAUUAGAGAAUGCCAACAAGACACCCGAAGAACGUGCUGCAGAUACUGUCAGCAACCCAUCACUCCGUACUAAAUUUAAUUAUGAAAUAGAAACCAAGGAAGCGUUGGUUGAAAAACUUGUAGCUGGAUUGCAGCACGAUAAAGUUGUUGCAAUGAUGAAUGUGCGCAAAGGCAAAGUUUUAAUUCGCCGGAUUAUGCCGUAUAUUGAGCAACACGAUGCCCGCUGGAAUGUAUGGAUUGGCGUUUUUCAUUCAUUGCAAAGUGUUGUGAAAAAAGAUCGAGAUGAUGCCGAAGGCAUUUUAUACUCCCUAUAUCCAGAAUUUAACAAACAAAUUAAAUCGGCAAAUUUCGAAAUAAUUGUCAAGAUUUCAUCGGCAAUUUCGUUGAAUGAUAAAAAGGCAAAUGGCGUUUUUUGUAGCAAAUUCGGAAUAUCUUCUCUUGUCUGUUUAAUAUUACAAGCUGAAAAUAUAUACGACAAAAAUGAAGAUGCAACUCUAACGGAGCAAAACAAGGAUAAUUGGCGUCAAUUUCUAGAUCAAGUUGCAACAUCAUUGAAUCGCACCAUACAGAAUCAAACUAUUUGUGCUGCUAUCGAGUCGGACUCCAUUACACCAAUUAUGAAUCAUUUUGCACGAUUUAAAGAUUUAAAACUGGACUCGUUAUUGGCUCUUAUAACUGAAGCAAAACAGCAAAUUAACUAAAAGGCAACGCAACAACAACAACAACAAAUCAUUCAUAAUAAUUGUCAGCGUUCUAAAACAGGAUGAUAGAGAAGAAACUUAUGCAAAAUGUUAAGCAUACAUUAAUAACACCAACAAAAAAAAUACAUCCAUCACUCAUGAUAUAUAAAAAGAACUCAAUUUCCUCCUAUCCACCACCCACUGUGCUACAGGCAAGUAGUAGAUUUUGCAUACAAAUCUUUCUAAGCAACAAACAAAAAUGUAGACCUACAUUAACAACCCAAAAAAAAAAAAAAAAAAAAAAAAAAAAAACAGCAGUUAAAACACAGAAUAAGCACAUUUAAUGAAUUUAUAUUUCAUUUCCAAAAAAAGCAGAAAAGUAUCUUUGCAGAUUUUAAAGCAUCUAAAAUUUUGUUUAAAUCACAGUUAUUUCUCUUCGAAGUUAUGGAUCAACUAUAACAUAACAUACGACCUACAAACGACGGUUUGGUCAAAUAGAGAUUGUUAAUAUCACCAUAUUUGUUCCCCACUGUAGAAUAGCAACAUCCAUGUGUAUGUUGCAAAUUGAAUUUAUGUAAUUUCAAAAUUAUAUCAUAAAACUAGAAAACCAAUGAACAAAAGUUAAAUAUUAAAUACGGCAGAAAUUAAUUACAUCCACUUUUUGAAGUGUGGUUUUAAAUCAAAUUCUGUACUGAAUUUUGUGUUCUUGUUUUAUGUGUUAAUUUUUGAAUGACAUGGAUUCAAUCCAUGGUACAAUAAGGAGGUAGAACAGUUUCGUAAAACUACAGAAAUACAGCCCUAAAGCUAUGCCCGCUUCCUGUCAGAAUUAUUCAAAAGUUGUUUUCAAUUAUUUGAUAUUUUUUGUUCAUUUUUAAAAUGAGUCAAAAACGCGAAAGAUGUAUGAAAUGCCUAAAUGUUCUCCCAAAAAUAUGAUCCUAAGAGUUCACUCUUUCAAUUCCAUGGCAAAUCUGGUUAAUAUUAUUAAUGCGCGACCCGCAAUUUAAGUUUCUUCCAAUCAUUGAUUCUGAAGAUAUUUUGUUUUUAUUUGUCAAAACAACAAAUACAUACACAUAAUUGGCAGAAGCCGGGCACACUUAAAAAAAAUUGUAAUCAGCUGGUAGCUCUACCUCCCUAUCAUGGGUUUUUUUACAAGGUGGUACGUUAAUGUAGCUGGUCUUCUUUUGCUGUCAAAUCAUAUUAUUUCAUUAACAAUAUUUUCUUUUCGAAAAAAAUUGCCAUUGACCCAUUUGUGAAAUAUGUUUAAAUGGUUUCUUCUUUUUGUGGAAUUUCUGCAACAGAAAUUUUUGACAGCAUUAGAAGACAAUACUUUGAAUUUGCUGCAUUGAAAACCUUAUAAAAUGACCUUAGAUUCAAUGUAAAAUUCAUUGCAUCUGAUGGUCAACAAAAUAAAUUUCAUUUCAACUUCGAUUAUUCAAAAUUAAAAAAGGCCCAUUUUAAGUUUUAAAAUAAGAAAGGAAAGGAAAGCAAAAACGACCUAGUGCUAUUUAUUGUUUGAAUACUUACAUAUUUGCAAACAAUAAAUACCUUUCUAUUUUAAAGUUUGAAAUUGAAUUUUUAAAACUGGAUGAUAUUUCAAGAUAACAUAGUAUAAAUAAAGGUUGAAGAAUAGAUAUUUUUUUGUUUUUUUUUUCUAUUUUUAUUUUCAAUUAACAAACAUUUUUUUAUUUUCAAAUCACAAAACAAAGUGUUUAUAAAAAAUCAGUUUGUUUAUUAAAUAGUUUUUUAUUGAUUGAUUUAUCUUGUCGUUUUAUAUAUUAAUAAGUAGCUAUUCUUUAAUUUCAAUUUUAUUUUGUUAUUAAAAAUGAACUUGUCUAUUUAUAUUGGUGGUGCUAAAAGUUUGGCAUCAGCAAUAUCUGCUGCAUAAUAAAAAAGAAAUAUAUACUUUUCAAAAGAAAAUAAAAAACAAAAAAAUGGCAAAUAAGUAGUAAAUCACAUAUAACAAAACUUAUAUAGUACAUACAUACAUAUUUUAUGUUUAAUUUUUUUUUUAUAAUAAUAAUAAUGUUUAUUUUUAUUGGUGAAUAUAGCCAUUAUAUAAUUUUAUACAUACACAUGUUUUUAUUAUUUUUCCCCGCUCCGUUAUUUGAUUUUUAUUUUAAUUUGGUGUUUUGUAAAUAUUUGUAAAAGCAAAACCUUAGAACUUAGGAUCGAAAUUUUAAUUUAAAGCAAGAAAAAAAAUAUAAAUAAAAAAAAAAGAAAGAAAACCUUGAAAAGUAAUGUGUAUUCAAAGUAAACGUAAAAUAAUAAUAAUAAAAAAGAUACAAAUCUCCAAAAAAAAAGAAAAAGAAAACCACAAAACGAAGUAAAACCAAUAAUAUACAAAAAUAGCUAUGAGUUAAAAACUGAAUAUUUUAUUAAAUAAAAUAAAGUAAAUUUUAAUGAUAAACACAAACAUUUUUUCAAAAGUGUUCACACAAAUAUUUAAUAUUCUGUUAGAUGAAAAAUUGAUGAUAAUUCGACUUGGUCAAGGAUUUUUACUUCAACCGAUUGUACUGUAACAAUUUAAUAUUUCCUAGAAUGAAUUAAAAUGAAUCUUUGUCAAGGGGAAAUUUUUUGAAUUUUGGACCCUAUGGAAUGUUUUUAAUAAUAUUUUUAUCUGCACAUGCAAAUUUAAAUAUUAGAAAAUCUAUAU